AUGGCUACAUUUGUGAUACAUCGAAUCUUCAAGCAGUCUUCGAGUCUCAUGGAGGCAAUCGUGUUGGAUAAUGGCUCUGGGGUGUUCAAGGCAGGAUAUUCGGGUGAAGACACGCCACGAACGACGUUCACAACGUGUGCGGGGCGCGUGAAAAACCCGGAGUGGUUUGCGUCACAAGCUCCGAAUUGGAAGGCUGAUCUACGUGACCGCGAGACGUUCGUAGGGGCCGAGUGUCAGCAGUAUCGUGACUUCCUAGAGCUCUCGAAUCCAAUCAAUCGCGGGAUUGUGGACGACUGGGACGCAUUGGAGCGCAUGUGGGAGUUCGUAUUUGCUCAGGAGCUGCGAGUAGAUCCUGAGACUGUAGCGUUGCCUGUACUCUGCAUCGGCUCACCUUCUGGAUCCAAGAAACAGCAAGAACGCAUGGCGCAGCUCAUGUUCGAGUCGCAGAAGGUUUGUGGCUUCUACUUCAUGCAGCAGUGUGUGCUUUCAUUGUUUGCAUCUGGACGUACUCGAGGACUAGUGGUGGAAGUGGGUCACGGAUCGAGCCACGCGAUCCCUAUUUUUGAGGGUUACGCGCUGCCUCAUGCUGCGAUACACUACAAUGUUGGUGGCGUGGAUAUCAGCCAUCGUCUUCACAUGCUGCUAUCCAAACGUGAAGUAUCUUUCCACUCAUUUCCAUUACAUACGAUUGACCAAGUCAAAGAGGCGACUUGUGCGAUGGGGAAUAGUACGGACCAACAAGGACAGAACCAACAGGACGACGCGGGCAAGCCAUUCGAGUUGCCUGAUGGUACGAUAUUGCAGGUAGAUCGGGUCACUCAAACGAUGCCAGCAGAAAUACUCUUCAAACCGCAUGAGCUUGGAGAUGAUCAUCCACUGCGACCCGACAAAGGACUGCACGAAUGUGUGGCUGCGAGUCUUGCCAUGUGUGACAAGGAUCUACAAAGUGAUCUGCUAAACGCUGUCGUGCUCGCCGGGGGUACGACUAUGCUGCCUGGGACCUCACGUCGAUUCCAAGAGGAGCUCCAGUCGGUUCUACCUGGUAGCGCUCUGAACGUUGUCCCGGAUCCAAUAAUUCGGGAACGAGGCUACAAUUCGCAGCGGAAGAUCGCUGCGUGGGUCGGAGGGUCCAUGUUUGCCUCUCUCGACACAUUCCACGACAUUCACAUCACGAAACAAGAGUGGGAAGAGUAUCACGAAGCCAUUCUGGAUCGAAAAUGCUUCUAA